AUGCGUCGACUCUGUCCCCCACAGCCCACACGCGCCCCAUGGCCACCCGCCGGCACCUCCCCCUCUCCCUCCCCGGCCGCAGCUGCCUCUCGGGUUGCUAGCCUUUCCUCUGUGCCUUCAGAGUCAACUCAAAACGUCAAAACUCACCCGUCAUCCACCCACGCAUCGACUCUGUCCCCCACGGCCCACACGCGCCCCAUCGCCACCCUCCGUCGCCUCCCUCUCUCCCUCCCGGGCCUCAGCCGCCUCUCCGGCUGCGCGCCCUUCCUCUGGGGAGCUGACGGCACACCAGAGACGAAGCGGGAAGCGUCACUUGCAGCAGGGGAGGGCGGGACCAGCCCCACCCACUCCUCCAACUGGUGCGUGCCUGAAAAGAGGGGAGGAGGGGGACAGGGGAGGAAAAAGGAGCUUGUCGCCUUCUCUCAAACUCCCUUCAUCAUCGUCCAGCAGCUCUCGUCGUAUCGCACCAAGCAGCAAUCAUCUCUACAUCCCUCAUCUCACCAUCAACACCGCAAACACCAUCUCACUCACCAUCAUCGUCCAGCAGCUCUCGUCGUAUCGCACCAAGCAGCAAUCAUCUCUACAUCCCUCAUCUCACCAUCAACACCGCAAACACCAUCUCACUCACCAUCAUCGUCCAGCAGCUCUCGUCGUAUCGCACCAAGCAGCAAUCAUCUCUACAUCCCUCAUCUCACCAUCAACACCGCAAACACCAUCUCACUCACCAUCAUCGUCCAGCAGCUCUCGUCGUAUCGCACCAAGCAGCAAUCAUCUCUACAUCCCUCAUCUCACCAUCAACACCGCAAACACCAUCUCACUCACCAUCAUCGUCCAGCAGCUCUCGUCGUAUCGCACCAAGCAGCAAUCAUCUCUACAUCCCUCAUCUCACCAUCAACACCGCAAACACCAUCUCACUCACCAUCAUCGUCCAGCAGCUCUCGUCGUAUCGCACCAAGCAGCAAUCAUCUCUACAUCCCUCAUCUCACCAUCAACACCACAAACACCAUCUCACUCACCAUCGUCGUCCAGCAGCUCUCGUCGUAUCGCACCAAGCAGCAAUCAUCUCUACAUCCCUCAUCUCACCAUCAACACCGCAAACACCAUCUCACUCACCAUCAUCGUCCAGCAGCUCUCGUCGUAUCGCACCAAGCAGCAAUCAUCUCUACAUCCCUCAUCUCACCAUCAACACCGCAAACACCAUCUCACUCACCAUCAUCGUCCAGCAGCUCUCGUCGUAUCGCACCAAGCAGCAAUCAUCUCUACAUCCCUCAUCUCACCAUCAACACCGCAAACACCAUCUCACUCACCAUCAUCGUCCAGCAGCUCUCGUCGUAUCGCACCAAGCAGCAAUCAUCUCUACAUCCCUCAUCUCACCAUCAACACCGCAAACACCAUCUCACUCACCAUCAUCGUCCAGCAGCUCUCGUCGUAUCGCACCAAGCAGCAAUCAUCUCUACAUCCCUCAUCUCACCAUCAACACCGCAAACACCAUCUCACUCACCAUCAUCGUCCAGCAGCUCUCGUCGUAUCGCACCAAGCAGCAAUCAUCUCUACAUCCCUCAUCUCACCAUCAACACCGCAAACACCAUCUCACUCACCAUCGUCGUCCAGCAGCUCUCGUCGUAUCGCACCAAGCAGCAAUCAUCUCUACAUCCCUCAUCUCACCAUCAACACCGCAAACACCAUCUCGCUCACCAUCAUCGUCCAGCAGCUCUCGUCGUAUCGCACCAAGCAGCAAUCAUCUCUACAUCCCUCAUCUCACCAUCAACACCGCAAACACCAUCUCACUCACCAUCAUCGUCCAGCAGCUCUCGUCGUAUCGCACCAAGCAGCAAUCAUCUCUACAUCCCUCAUCUCACCAUCAACACCGCAAACACCAUCUCACUCACCAUCAUCGUCCAGCAGCUCUCGUCGUAUCGCACCAAGCAGCAAUCAUCUCUACAUCCCUCAUCUCACCAUCAACACCGCAAACACCAUCUCACUCACCAUCGUCGUCCAGCAGCUCUCGUCGUAUCGCACCAAGCAGCAAUCAUCUCUACAUCCCUCAUCUCACCAUCAACACCGCAAACACCAUCUCGCUCACCAUCAUCGUCCAGCAGCUCUCGUCGUAUCGCACCAAGCAGCAAUCAUCUCUACAUCCCUCAUCUCACCAUCAACACCGCAAACACCAUCUCACUCACCAUCAUCGUCCAGCAGCUCUCGUCGUAUCGCACCAAGCAGCAAUCAUCUCUACAUCCCUCAUCUCACCAUCAACACCGCAAACACCAUCUCACUCACCAUCAUCGUCCAGCAGCUCUCGUCGUAUCGCACCAAGCAGCAAUCAUCUCUACAUCCCUCAUCUCACCAUCAACACCGCAAACACCAUCUCACUCACCAUCAUCGUCCAGCAGCUCUCGUCGUAUCGCACCAAGCAGCAAUCAUCUCUACAUCCCUCAUCUCACCAUCAACACCGCAAACACCAUCUCACUCACCAUCGUCGUCCAGCAGCUCUCGUCGUAUCGCACCAAGCAGCAAUCAUCUCUACAUCCCUCAUCUCACCAUCAACACCGCAAACACCAUCUCGCUCACCAUCAUCGUCCAGCAGCUCUCGUCGUAUCGCACCAAGCAGCAAUCAUCUCUACAUCCCUCAUCUCACCAUCAACACCGCAAACACCAUCUCACUCACCAUCAUCGUCCAGCAGCUCUCGUCGUAUCGCACCAAGCAGCAAUCAUCUCUACAUCCCUCAUCUCACCAUCAACACCGCAAACACCAUCUCACUCACCAUCAUCGUCCAGCAGCUCUCGUCGUAUCGCACCAAGCAGCAAUCAUCUCUACAUCCCUCAUCUCACCAUCAACACCGCAAACACCAUCUCACUCACCAUCAUCGUCCAGCAGCUCUCGUCGUAUCGCACCAAGCAGCAAUCAUCUCUACAUCCCUCAUCUCACCAUCAACACCGCAAACACCAUCUCACUCACCAUCAUCGUCCAGCAGCUCUCGUCGUAUCGCACCAAGCAGCAAUCAUCUCUACAUCCCUCAUCUCACCAUCAACACCGCAAACACCAUCUCACUCACCAUCAUCGUCCAGCAGCUCUCGUCGUAUCGCACCAAGCAGCAAUCAUCUCUACAUCCCUCAUCUCACCAUCAACACCGCAAACACCAUCUCACUCACCAUCAUCGUCCAGCAGCUCUCGUCGUAUCGCACCAAGCAGCAAUCAUCUCUACAUCCCUCAUCUCACCAUCAACACCGCAAACACCAUCUCACUCACCAUCAUCGUCCAGCAGCUCUCGUCGUAUCGCACCAAGCAGCAAUCAUCUCUACAUCCCUCAUCUCACCAUCAACACCGCAAAAACCAUCUCACUCACCAUCAUCGUCCAGCAGCUCGUCGUAUCGCACCAACGCCCGGUUGCCCACAAUCUGCACCACCGUGCCUGUGAGGCCAGGCGAAGCAUCAAUCAAUGUUACCAUGCCAUGCAACCACCACCACCACUCACCAUCAUCGUCCAGCAGUUCAUCGUAUCGCACCAACGCCCGGUUGCCCACAAUCUGCAGCACCGUGCCUGCCCGUGA